UAGUGAAUUCUCCCAAAUGGUCUUUUAAGAUUUUGCAAGCAAUGUCCUCGUUGCUAGUAGCACCUGAUUCUGUUUAAUCAAUUCUUUAAUUCACCGAAUCUUAGUGUCUAGAAAAUAAUUGAAAAUCAGUGAAUGAAUGCUCCUUUGCUUCCUCCGCACCCAUCCCUUUCUUUUGGCUGUUCCUGAUUGAUGAUGCUAUUUACCAAACUGACCUACCAAGCAAAGUAAACAAACACAUGCUUCUCCUGUUUAAUUGUGCUGCGUCCCAUGAAUACCAUGUUGCUUGCAUGCCACCCUUCUGCUAUGAGCUUUUAAGUUUCCGUUUUUCUCACUGCCCCGUCUCGCUAUGAGUGUCCACCACUUCGACCGUUAAAGCCACACCCACAAGACUCUAACUUUUGAACUUUUGUUUGUUAAUGUCUUCCCCUAAGACCUCAUCACAGCAUGAAGCCGAAGCCAUGCCAGUUUUUGAAGCUAUUAGGAGGGCUAAACGCUUGAGGUUGUUUGAGCCGUCUCUGGGUGUUCUUGGGUUUGUUGUUGUUACUGUCUUUGUGAUUUGCUGCUUCUUCUAUUCGGAUAACAGAUACUUUGCUUCAAGAUUUGGGUUCUUGGAGCAACCCAAUGGGUUUGCUUGUUUGCGGAUAAAGGGGUCUACUGAGCCACGCAGAGUUGAGUUUCUUGGAGAAAAGGGUGGUGGGUGUGAUUUGUUUGAUGGGAAAUGGGUUUGGGAUGAGAGCUACCCCUUAUACCAAUCAAAAGAUUGCAGCUUUCUGGAUGAAGGUUUUCGAUGUUCUGAGAAUGGACGGCGUGAUUUGUUUUACACCAAGUGGAGGUGGCAGCCCAAAGGUUGCAACUUGCCGAGAUUCAAUGCAACAAUGAUGUUGGAAAAACUGCGAAACAAACGCAUAGUGUUUGCGGGGGACUCAAUUGGGAGAAACCAAUGGGAGUCACUCUUAUGCAUGCUCUCUUCAGGGGUUCCUAACAAGGAAUCAAUCUAUGAAGUGAAUGGCAGCCCAAUUACAAAGCACAAGGGGUUCUUGGUGUUCAAAUUCAAGGAUUUUAACUGUACAGUGGAAUACUACAGAGCUCCAUUUCUUGUAUUGCAGAGCCGGCCUCCUACUGGAGCUCCUGAAAAUAUUAGGACAACUCUGAAAGUGGAUAAAAUGGAUUGGAACUCUGGCAAGUGGAGAGAUGCUGAUAUCCUGGUUCUUAACACAGGCCACUGGUGGAAUUAUGAAAAAACAAUAAGAGGGGGUUGUUAUUUCCAAGAAGGCAUGGAAGUUAAGUUGGAAAUGCAAGUAGAAGAUGCAUACAAGCAGUCCAUUCAGACAGUGUUGAACUGGAUACAAGAAACAGUAAAUCCUAGCAAGACACGGGUUUUCUUUCGUACUCUAGCCCCAGUGCACUUCAGAGGCGGGGAUUGGAGAAACGGUGGAAACUGUCAUUUAGAAUCACUACCUGAGGUUGGCUCUUCAUUGGUGCCUAAUGACAACUGGUCGCAAUUCAAAAUAACCAAUGCUGUCUUAUCUGCACACACAAAUAUUUCUGAAACUAAGAAGUUCAUGGUAUUGAAUGUAACACAGAUGACAGCUCAUAGAAAAGAUGGACAUUCAUCAAUCUAUUAUCUGGGACGUAUUGUGGGUCCUGUGAUGCCUCAUCGUCGCCAAGAUUGCAGCCAUUGGUGUCUGCCUGGUGUACCUGACACGUGGAAUGAGCUGCUUUAUGCUCUGUGGCUUAAAUAUGAAGCUGUUCGAGACAUUAACGUGUGAUUACUCUGAAAAUCAUUUUAAUUGUGCUGCAUGGAUUCAUGAAGCUUCUUAUACCAAUUCUUUCCUAGAAAAUUGUUGCGGAGAACAAGAGGAGAUAUUUUACAUCAGAGAUAUGCAGUGGGGGACUAAGUUGUCAGAUUUUAUUGCUGCGAAUGGACCACUCAGAAUUGUGUGACUUAUUCAGAAGAAGCUCAACGUUCUGGGGACAUGGACAUCGGUUUUGCAAUACAAAUGCUGCUGGCGGCAAGAAACCAUUAGUUUCUCACUUUUGGUUAUCUUGUGACUUAGAUGAGGGAAGAAACAACUGUAAUUAUCGAAUUCUUUUGUAAGGUACCACGAACACAGUUUUGAUUCAAAGUGAAAGAUUAUUUAAGGAAAAUGCUAAGUGCAAUUUUGUU